UCAGGCAGCAAACGGCGAUGGCUUUUAUCUAAUUCCCAAAUAAAGAGAGAACACCCGUUCCCAGACACACACAGCAGGGUUGGUAGGGCUGCCAAGUCCUGAUGGGAACACCUCUCUUCAGCGGCGGCACUCGGGACCCCCGCGGCGGUACCACCGCGUCUCCACCCCGCGGCAAAGCAGCGCCCGGUGCCGAGGGAGCCCCGCGGCAAAGCAGCGCCCGGUGCCGAGGGAGCCCCGCGGCAAAGCAGCGCCCCGCACUCACCAGCAGCGCCAGCAGCCGCACCGCCGCCACAGGGCCCCGCGACAUGACCGCCGUGCCGUGCCGUGCCGGGACAGGCUCAGAUCCUCCGGCCGCCCAACACGGGAAUGCCGGCGGCCCGUGGAGUGGGGCACAAGUCGCCGCGGGUGGGUGGGGUGUGCCGGGCGGGAUCUGCGCCGGGAGAGGGCAAGAGGCACCCGGCCCCGGGCCCCGCCCGGCCCGCGGCGGCGAGUCCCGUCCGCGCCCCGCCCGAGGAGGCAGCGCCGGGAGCGCCGGGCCCGGCUUCCCCGGGGCUUCCGAAGUUUGUGGUUUGUUUGUCCCGCUUCCGCCGAGGAAGGCGAGCCGGAGCGUGCAGGAGGACUGCGACAACAAACUGAUACUUUCAGGAGUAAUUGACAGGGGGGAGCGCAGUCUUACGGGAAAAUAAAAUUGUGGGCGUUUUUAGGACAACCUUCUCUAUAAUCCUCGUUUUUUAUACGCUCCUAGCUAUAUCCUUCCUACUCUUAUCUGGCAGAGAUCUUUCCUGGAUACGCCUGGUUAAUUGAUGCUUACGAAGGCAUAACUGAUUCUUCAUGACGGCGAAACAAUUAAACGUGCUUUCUUGUACAUCCUCUCUGCUGAGGCAGUUACCUGGUUAAGCUUUCCAGGGUCACACUCAGUUGUGCUACAAAGGGAUGAUAUUCCAUCUGCAGCCCCAUCCCGGUCUGAUGCCUUCACAACCAGAGUGUAGCUACUAUGUUGCUGUCACAAAA